GUUUUUAUGUUUUGGCUAAUUGCUUUUGCUUUUCUAAAAAGAAAAGCAAAAGCAAUCCAAAGCCAUCACCUUUAAACAAAAACACCUGCUUCUCAUCAUUUUCUCAUCUUCAAAUUUUUCGUUUUCAUAAAUUUUUGUUUCUUCUUCUUCUGUUUCUGCUGCUUCUUUUUCUUGUGGGAAAAUUAUGGCCGCUGUUUCUAGCAACACCAAUCUUGUUUCUUCUUCUUGUUCUUCAUCCUUUAGUUCUUCGCAAAACCGCCCCGAAUACCGCUCUUCCAGGCUCAGAGUGUUCCCUCAGGAAUUGAAUCAUCAGGCUUUGAGAUUACAAACUACGUCGCUUGGCAGUGAUUUUCAUGGAAAGAGGGUUGUUCUUCAAGAAAAACCAAAAUGCAAACAAGGGAUUUCCGUUCAAAGCUCAAUUAAGGCUCAGCAGACUGGCCUUAGACUCAAGAAUGCUAAAAAUUGGUGGGAGGAGGAGUUGCAACCCAACAUGAGGGAGGUGAUCUCUGCUCAAGAUCUUGUGGACUCCCUCCUUAAUGCUGGCGAUAAGCUUGUCAUUGUUUAUUUCUUCUCCCCUGGCUGUGGUGGCUGUAGGGCUCUCCAUCCCAAGAUAUGUCAAUUGGCAAAGAACAAUGCAGAUGUGCAGUUUCUUAAAGUGAACUAUGAGGAGCACAAAUCCAUGUGUUAUAGCCUCAAUGUUCAUGUCCUUCCAUUCUUCAGGUUUUACAGAGGGGCUCAAGGCCGAGUCUGCAGCUUUAGCUGCACCAACGCCACGAUCAAGAAAUUUAAAAAUGCAUUGGCCAAGCACACCCCAGACAGAUCCAGCCUCGAGCCAACAAAAGGGCUGGAGGAGAAAGAGCUCAUUGCAUUGGCUGCCAAUAAAGAUCUCAACUUAACAUAUGCACCAAAAUCAGAUAAGCCAAUCCCAGCUCCAACUAAGGAAGAGAUAGUACCCGAAAUUCCCCAAUCUCUUUCUCUUGCUCUUCGUAGGAGUAUGGAGCUUGCUCAAGGCUCAGCCGAAAAGACCUUGGUCGCUUCAGGGAGAUGAAUGAGUCAGGAUUCUCUGACCCGUCUCCUAUUCUCUUGUAGGUCUACUUGUGUAUAUGCAGAAUUGCAGGCUUCUUGAUUUAUUUUUUUGGAUCCUAGCCUGCCUCUUGUAUGAGGAGUCUCUAACGUACAAAGCUUAAAUCUUUUUGUUCUCUUUUUUGUAUUUUUGUUUUGACAAUUUUUUGUUAAACCCUUGGUGGUAAUACAACAUGGGACAUGUUUGUAAUGAUCCGUAGCAUCAAUGAAAUUUUCUUAAAUGAGUAUUAUUA